AAAAAUAAAAUAAAAUAAAUAGAUAAGCUUCAGGGCGGAAAUACAAUGCUGUCUUUUUAUGCUGUCCCAAUUAUUUACCUGAUGUCCCAAAAUACCUGAAUUCACCCUGUACCUCUGCUUAGUUAAAAAAAAAAAGGUCACAUCAACCUUAAUUGAUUCAGUGCACCACCCGGCCCGCUCGCGCGCUACGUUCAGUGACCCAAAUCAAACACACCCAAACACAGGUGCAGGCUGGGUCUGGCUAACAAGCUACAUGCUAACACAGGUGUGUUCACCAGCAGAGAGGAGCCUCAUUCAGCCCGACAUGCAUGGAAACCUGGAGGAGCACAGUGGCACAGAGAGAGGAGAGUGGAUAUAUUAUGACUAUACUAUGCAUUGAGAAUGAAACAUGGACGGAAAUGGACGAGUAGAGAAGGUGAACCUGCAGCUUCCUGGUGCUCAAUGAGACUCACAGAAAGCCAGUCAGACAGAUCCGUUUCCAUGACAACAGAGGGAAGUCCAUCCAUUCAUGAAGACCAUGUGAUCUGGUUGAAAACUCUGGAAAAAGCAAGUACUCGGCCGACCCGGCAGAUCACGCUGAUGGACGACAAUUGCAGGACGUUUCUCUCCCACCGUGGAGGUUCGGCCGACUGGGCUACCGUCCAGCUCAGCGGGAGUGAACGGAGGCGCCUACCUCGCCUUAUCUGCCCAGCGCCAAGAUGAUGUGCGAGGUGAUGCCCACCAUCAGCGAGGACACGGCGCUGAGCCAGCGCGGCUCCCAGAGCAGCGCCGGGGACCCGGACUCCCACUUUGAGCAGCUGAUGGUCAACAUGUUGGACGAGAGGGACCGGCUGCUGGACACGCUGAGGGAGACCCAGGAGAGCCUCGGCCUGGCCCAGCAGCACCUCCAGGACGUCAUCUACGACCGCGACUCUCUGCAGCGCCAGCUCAGCUCCGCCCUGCCACAGGAGUUCGCCGCGCUGACCAAGGAGCUGAACGCCUGCAGGGAGCAGCUGCUGGAGAAGGACGAGGAGAUCUCCGAGCUCAAAGCAGAGAGGAACAACACCAGGCUACUGCUGGAACAUCUGGAGUGCCUGGUGUCCCGACACGAGCGGUCACUUCGCAUGACGGUGGUCAAGCGGCAGGCUCAGUCUCCGUCGGGAGUCUCCAGCGAAGUCGAGGUCCUCAAAGCGCUCAAGUCGUUGUUCGAACACCAUAAAGCCCUCGAUGAGAAGGUAAGAGAGAGACUACGGGUGUCACUGGAGAGGGUGUCCGCCUUGGAGGAGGAGCUCACAGCAGCCAAUCAGGAGAUUGUGGCCUUACGGGAACAAAAUGCUCACAUUCAGAGAAAAGUGGCGUCCGGCGACGGAGGAGAGGACAUCCUGGACGGCACUGAAGCUCAACAGAAGCUCCAUGGCAAGCGUCUGUCCAACGGCUCUCUGGAGUCGGCCCACGAGGCGAGCCAGGUGGUGGAGCUGCAGGACCUGCUGGAGAAGCAGAACUACGAGCUGGCCCAGAUGAAGGAGCGCAUGUCCUCCCUCUCCUCCCGGGUCUCCGAGGUGGAGCAGGAGCUGGAGACUGCCCGGAAGGACCUCAGCAAGUCAGAGGAGAUGAACAACAAGUACCAGAGGGACAUCAGAGAGGCCAUGUGCCAGAAAGAGGACAUGGAGGAGCGCAUCGUAACAUUGGAGAAACGCUACCUGAGCGCCCAGCGAGAGUCCACCUCGGUGCACGACAUCAACGACAAGCUGGAGAACGAGCUGGCCAAUAAGGAGGCGUUCCUCAGACAGAUGGAGGAGAAGAACAGGCAGCUACAGGAGAGGCUGGAGCUGGCAGAGCAGAAGCUCCAGCAGACCAUGAGGAAGGCCGAGACGCUGCCGGAGGUCGAGGCCGAACUGGCCCAGAGGAUAGCGGCCCUCACUAAGGCGGAAGAGCGUCACGGGAGCAUUGAGGAGCGAAUGAGGCACUUGGAGUGCCAGCUGGAGGAGAAGAACCAGGAGCUGCUGCGGGCUCGACAGAGAGAAAAGAUGAACGAAGAGCACAACAAGCGACUCUCGGACACGGUGGACCGACUCCUCACAGAGUCCAACGAGCGUCUUCAGCUCCACCUGAAGGAGAGAAUGGCAGCUCUAGAAGAGAAGAAUUUGUUAAUCCAAGACUCGGAAGGUUACAGAAAACAGUACGAAGACUCAAUCCAUGAAAAAACACAUCUGGCAGAGGAGAUUGAGAAGCUGAGAUCGGAGCUGGACCAGUUCAGAUUGAGGGCUGGCUCCCUCACAGAACCCACCCUGUCGCGGUCUCAUCUGGACACGUCAGCCGAGCUCCGAUUCUCGUUGGGAUCUCUGGCUGAAACCCAGUCGGACCACUACCGCUCAGCCAAGGUCAUCCGGCGACCGAGGAGAGGUCGAAUGGGCCUGCGUGAAACCAAGGCUAAAUCACUGGGGGAGCACGAAUGGCGCUCGCAGCAGCUAGGGCUGGGAGGCCACCACUUCGAGAGCGACACGGAGAUGUCGGACAUCGACGACGACGACAGGGAAACGUUGUUCAGCUCCAUGGACCUGCUCUCACCCAGCGGCCACUCCGAUGCACAAACGCUGGCCAUGAUGCUGCAGGAGCAGCUGGACGCCAUCAACAAGGAGAUUCGGCUGAUCCAGGAGGAGAAGGAGUCCACGGAGCUGCGGGCGGAGGAGAUUGAGAACCGGGUGGCCAGCGUGAGCCUGGAGGGCCUCAACCUGGCUCGAAUGCACCACCACGGAGCCUCCAUCACUGCCUCAGCCACCGCCUCCUCCUUGGCCUCUUCUUCCCCGCCCAGCGGACACUCUACCCCCAAACUUGAUCCUCGAACAUGCGACAUGGAGCGCAUGGGGGUCAUGACACUGCCCAGUGAUCUGAGGAAACACAGGAGAAAGAUAGCGGCGGUGGACGACGACGGCCGUGAGGACAAGGCCACCAUCAAGUGUGAGACAUCCCCCCCUGCGACGCCGCGCACUGUCCGAAUGACACACACACUGCCAGCCUCCUCGCACAAUGACGCACGAGGGAUCGUGUCCUCACUGGAGGCUGACGCCAGCGCACUGAGCAGCGUCGCCAGCAGCCAAGACUCCCUGCACAAGCAGCCGAAGAAGAAGGGCAUCAAAUCCUCCAUCGGACGGCUUUUUGGCAAGAAGGAGAAGGGCAGGCUGGCACAUCUGGCGCACAGACAUGUCAUGCUAGAUCCUCAAGCGACCAUGAUGGACGCGGACAUGGCGGGCCAGGACAUGGGGCUGGGCAAGCUGGGAACUCAGGCCGAGAAGGACCGCAGGUUGAAAAAGAACGGACACGAGCUAUUGGAGGAGGCCAGGAGAAAGGGUUUACCUUUCGCCCAAUGGGACGGUCCCACAGUUGUAGCCUGGCUGGAGCUGUGGUUGGGAAUGCCGGCCUGGUACGUGGCGGCGUGUCGCGCCAACGUGAAGAGCGGAGCCAUCAUGUCGGCCCUGUCCGACACGGAGAUCCAGAGGGAGAUCGGCAUCAGUAACCCCCUGCACCGCCUCAAACUACGCCUGGCCAUCCAGGAAAUGGUUUCCCUCACCAGCCCCUCUGCACCGCCCACCUCCAGAACCCCGUCAGGCAAUGUAUGGGUGACCCAUGAGGAGAUGGAGACCAUGGCAGCCCCUUCCAAAGCGAAGUCAGACUCUGAAGAGGGGAGCUGGGCACAGACUCUAGCUUAUGGCGACAUGAACCAUGAGUGGAUAGGGAACGAGUGGCUGCCCAGUCUAGGACUACCUCAGUACCGCAGCUACUUCAUGGAGUGCCUGGUGGACGCGCGCAUGCUGGACCACCUCACCAAGAAGGACCUGAGGGUGCACCUCAAAAUGGUUGACAGCUUCCACAGAACAAGUUUACAGUAUGGCAUCAUGGGUCUGAAGAAGCUCAACUAUGACAGGAAGGAACUGGAGAGACGCAGGGAGCACAGCCAGCACGAAAUGAGAGACGUACUGGUGUGGAGUAAUGAGCGGGUCAUCCGCUGGGUGCAGAGUAUAGGCCUGAGGGACUACGCCAACAUCCUGCUAGAGAGCGGUGUGCAUGGAGCUCUGGUCGCCUUGGAUGACAACUUUGACUACAGCAGUCUGGCGCUGCUCCUCCAGAUCCCCAACCAAAACACUCAGGCACGUCAGAUUCUGGAGCGAGAGUACAAUAAUAUGCUGGCGCUGGGCACCGACAGGAGACUGGAUGAGUAUGAUGACAAAGACCUGCGAGGUCCAUCGUGGAGGAGGCAGUUCCCGCCCAGAGACGUUCACGGUAUAAGUAUGAUGCCCGGAUCGGCAGAGACUCUCCCUGCUGGCUUCCGUCUCACCGCCUCGUCUGGCCACUCCCGAAGAUUGCCCCCUGAGGUACUAUAUGAGGCGCUGGAUGACAGUCCUGACGACAUGUAUUUGGAUUGGUUUCAAGUUGGACCCUCUGCAGUGCAGCGGCUGGACAGCUCCACGGUGAGAACCUACUCCUGCUGAGAGGAGGAAGAGAGGGACGUUAAACUGUACGCUGUACAGUUCUGAACGGAGAUUAACUAGUGGAGCUGCUGGACAGGCCAACCUGCCGAGGAAUAAACCAUUCUGAUGACACGCACUGCCAAGAAGCCCUGCUCUCCUCUCUGACCCCCUUCCCCGACCCUACUCCUCCCUCCCUAUAAUGUGGGCACCAGAUGCCGGUGCUAAACUGUCCCGCAGGCUGCCCCGUUGUCACCAUUUCUACCUUUUACAUGUACAGUAACUUGUCGAAGCAUAACGUACUGUGUAUUUCUUCUACAGGAGAUGUGUAGGUUAUCUGUAAAUAAAUAUGCCAUUUUUUAAUAUAUACACACAUCUAUGUAUAAAAAAAAGAUAUUCAGAGUUUGUGCAAAAAAACGUCCCUGCCACCUCAUUUAGUGGACCAUAGAUUAAUAUAUGCUGCUCUUUAAAAAACUGUCUCCAUAUUGCGCCCACCCCUCUCUAGAUCAUUUUGUACAUAUGGUUUUAUUUUUUCAUUGUGAUGAUGAUAAACCUGUGCUGCACCAUAAAGAGAGAGAGGAAGAGACUGGAUGUUGUGUGAAAAACCUGCCCUCUAGUGGUGUACAAAAACCACUCUGAGCCCCAUUACCGGCACCAACAAACUUCAUUAUCCUUUCUUAUGGACUUGCGGUGACUUAAGGGAGCAUUUUAAGAGGACAAGCCGACGCACUGGAACGACAUGACAAGCACUUUGAUACAACCGCAUCAACUCAACGGACUAUUUAGUAGCCAAGGACACAAAACAAGAGUCACCACUUGCUCUCCGAAGUCGCACAAAACUCAGAGAACAAAAAAGCAGGACGUCAUUCAUAGAACCUGUCACUUGUUGUACUGUAUGUUUUGUCAGGCGAUACAUUAACACAAAGGACAACUACACACUCAGCCAAGCUGGCCUUCUCCCCUUACCCCUCAGACACUACUACGGUAACAGAACACAGGAAAUAACUGAAAGACAGACUGCUUUAGCUCAUAGUGUGCGUAGAGUAUAUGACCAUGUUGAAGUGAGGUGACAUUUAAUGACAAACCUGUUGCUUGCUGUGACAUUUUACAUCGGUGUAACUGUUAACUCUUUGUUUUUGUCAGAGUUUUCAGGGUAACCUAUUGUACCAGCCCUGUUAUCUGUCUUUUAGUUAUUUCUGAUGGAUGACUACAAAACUCAAGUCUUACGCUUUUAAUUUGUUUUUACAUCUUCAAUUUGCACGAACAAUGAAUCAUUUUAUUUUGUGUCCAUUUUUUUUAUUUAUUACUUCUUGUACUUUGGUCAAAAAUUAAGUGGUGAGCAAGCAAAUUUUCAUUGUCAAUAAAAAAAAAAAAAACUACAGUCAGUGAA